CUUUGGUUCCAGCAUCAAAGGACAACUCAGUGCAAAGGCAUAUUCCACCUUGAAUUUAUUCACGACUGUGAAUUUUUGCCUGUCUCACCAGUUUGCUGAUACUCAAAUAAUCAAGAUCUCAUCUCUUCAUUCUUUCCAUCUUCAUCUGCUCAACUCAUCAACAGUUGCCCCUCAUCCAACCCCACUAUCACCAACUCUUACUAAACAACACCGCCAAUAUGCCUUCUGAUCUCGAUACCCUGCUCGAUAUGGGCUUUGACAAGGAGCGUGCUGAGAUAGCCGUCAAGAAGACUGGAGGCCUUCAGGGCGCUCUUCAGUGGCUUGAGGACAACCAGGACAAGCCUAUUGAUGAGAUCAAGGUUGCUGCUGCUGCGAAGGAAGAGAAUGAUGACGAGGAGGACACGGAAGCCAAGAUCGCAGAGCUCGAGACUGGCACUGCCAAGUCAUUGAUCUGCAAUGACUGUGGGAAGCGAUUCAAGAACCAUGAUCUGGCUACCUAUCACGCGACCAAGACCGAGCAUACUGACUUCUCGGAGUCAACAGAGGAGAUUGCCCCUCUAACCGAAGACGAGAAGAAGGCCAAGCUUGAGCAACUUCGCGAGCGCCUCGCCGCCAAGAGAGCACUUCAAUCUGUCAAGGACAAGGAAGAUCACAAGCGCAACGAGCAAAUUCGCCAAAAGUCUACCAAGGAGAGCCAAGAAGCAAAGGAAGAGCUGGCCCGCAAGCAAGCAGUCAAGGAAGCAGCCCAGAAGCGACAAGAGAAGCUCGAAGAUCAGGAGGCCAAGAGGCGCAUCAAGGCAAAGAUCGAGGCCGACAAAGCUGAGCGACGCCGAAAGGCAGAGGAGGCCAAGGCAGCCCGUGAGGGUCGAGCUCCUCAAGUCGAGGCUGCUACUCCUGGUGGCGCUGCUGCUGUCGCGGCCGCAUCCAAGCCCAAAAGUAACCACAACGAAGCCCGACUCCGACUACAGACCGACGGCGGAAACAUCACCAAGACCCUGCCGGCUGAGACGACACUGUUCGAACUGGCGCAACAGCUGCAGAGCGAGACAGGGAAUGCUGUAUCAAGCUUUACGACUACGUUCCCCCGCAAGACCUUUGAGGGUGACGUCGAUUUCUCCAAGACCCUGAAGGAAGCAGGAUUGGUUCCGUCAUCCGUCCUGAUCGUCAAAUAAAUUUCUGACGUUGACAUGAAAGAUUGUGCAUGGCGCGGCGUUGGUGGGGACAUGGGAGAUGAAUCUGUAGUACUACGAAGAACAGAGAAAAGUCCUUUAGGUAGAGUUAGAGCAGACAAGAGGACGACAACAUUCGUCCUGAUCACAAUCACAAUCGCUGGCACUCUG